UAUUGAUAAUGGAAGUCAAUGUGGAAGAAAUAUACAAUUUCAGUUCAGCUGAACAAAAUAUAUAUCUAGAAAAAUUAAAAAAGAUUUAACAAUUUGAGAAUUCUAAUUAAAUGAUUGUUGAAAAUGAUGAUGAUGAUUUUAUUAAUAAAGCAGACACUUUCAAUAAAGAAUGGCCAGAUUUUACUCAAAGUUAAUAAUCAUAUUCUAGAAAAAUAUUCAUCAAAUAUGAAACUGAUAAUUCUCUUAAGGAAAUGUUUUCUUCAACUUUAUAAAAAAAGAAAGUAAGCAUAACCUAAAGAAUAUAAAAAUUAGAAGCCGAUUAUAGAGAAUGGGAAUAAUUGAAUAAAAAAGAACCUGAACCUAAUCUAUUGUUUGGUAGAAUUCUAAGAUUUGAAUCUGUAUCAGAUUAAAACUAAACAUAAACUUAAAGUACCUAAAAAAUAUUGAAACAUGAAAAAACUCUCUUUUUAGAUUUCAAAGAAGAUUCAAAACCUAAAGCUUUAAAUUUAUAAUCAAUUGAAAAUCAUGGAGCAUAUUUAUUUCCAGGUAAAAUAGUUGGAGCAGUUGUAUCUCAAAUAACUGAAUAAGAGAUUGUAGUUAAAAAUUUUAUUUCUCUCUAUCCUAAUAAUUCUAUGGCAGAGGAGUAAUAAAAUUUUAAGGAUUAUAAAAUUUAAUAAAGAAGUGAUUCGAUUGUGAUGGUAAUAGCAGUUGGACCUUUUGAAAAAGAAGGUAAAUUUGGUUAUACAGGAUUAUUUCAUUUAAUAGAGAAAAUAAAGAAAAAAUAAAUAUCAUGCGAUAUUCUUAUGCUAUUAGGUCCUAUCAUAGAUGUUAAUAACUAAGAAAAUUUGGAUAAGUAUGAGUACGAGGUAUAAUUUAUUUAAUAUUGUGAAGUUUGAAGAAUUUUUUUAAGUGAUUAUGCAAGCAAUAAUAAAAGAACUUCCAAGGGUUUAAAUUAUUGUAGUUAAUUCAACCAAAGAAAUAAAUAGCUUUCAUCCAGUUCCUUAACCUCCUCUCAAUAUUAAAGUAGAACAAUAGAAAAGGAAAGUUGAAAACUUAAUGUUUGUAGGAAAUCCUUGUAUAUUAUAAAUUGAAGAUAUGACUAUUGGAAUUAUUAAUGAAGAAGUGAUUUCUGAAAUUAAUUCUGCUUCAGAAAAAAUUGGAGAUCAGAAAUUAAAUAAAAUUGAUUUGGCUUUAAACUAACUAAUAGAAUAAAGAAGUUUUGUCCCCAUAAAUCCUACCAAAUUUCCAUGUGAUUUUACAAAAUAAGAAUUUCUAGAUUUUGAUCAAUGUCCAGAUGUAAUUAUAACUCCAUCACAUUUUACAUAAUCAGCAAAAUUAAUCAAUUAAACAGUCUUUGUUAAUCCUCAGUUUUUCUAACCUGCAUAAUAAUAUGCUAUUGUAACUUUUAAUGGUAAUAAUGAAUUAGAAGUAAUACCCUAAAAAAUAAGGGUUGAUUUCGGAAGACUUUGA